AUGGGUACCAUAACGAAAUUAGAAACUUUCAUUGAUCAAACGAAGGAACCUAAUCCAACUGAAUUAGAAGUCAAGCUUAAGCGUGUUGAACAAUUAUAUCAAAAAGUAGAUGAACUGAAGGAUCAAUAUUAUGGUCUAAAAGAUAUCAGUGACUCUGAGAUAACUGAAAUAGAAACUGAUUUAGAAGGAACAAUAGACAGACUAGAAGCUUUGGAGGUAAGAAUUAAAGAUAUUCUUAACUCUUUGAUAAUUAAACCUUCAAUAAUUAAUUGUGAAAAUGAAAAAUCUCAGGCUGAUUCGAAAACAAAACUAGAAAUUAAACUACCCGAGAUACCACUACCGGUAUUUCAUGGUAAAUUUGACGAAUGGCCCAAUUUUAAAUCGCAAUUUGAUAACAUUAUAACUAAAAACAAUGAUUUAAACGACUCUCAAAAACUGUAUUAUUUGAAAGCGUCAUUGCUUGGCGACGCUAAACGUCUGGAAACUGUUGACGAUUCUUUUGAGUCACUUUUAAAAGCAUUAGAAAAUAGAUUUGAGAAUAAACGUCUCCUCACUGAGACUUACAUAAAUCAAAUUUUGGAAAUUGAAAAACUUACAAAUGAAUCAGCUGGAGAUAUUAGAAACAUGGUAGAUAUUUUAAAGAAAAAUAUCAGAGCUUUAAAGCUUCUAAAUUUUGAUCGUAAUAAUUUGUCUGACAUACUUUUGCUUAACAUCAUUUUGAAAAAGGUAUAUCGAGAAACUAGAAAACAAUAUGAACAAACUAUCGCAUCAAAUGAAAUACCAGAAUUGGAUAAAUUUUUAGAAAAAAGAAGCCAAAUUCUUGAUAGUAUUAGUCGAACAGCUUCUUCUUCAAUUUAUAAACAUAAGCUAGCUGUUAAUAAGAGUAAAUCUUUCCUGAAUUCGAAUAAUAAUCCCAACUCUUGUGUAAUCUGUAAAUUGUGGCAUCAGCCAGAUUAA